AGAGCCCGCAGUGAACGUUGCGCAGUAGUCGAAACUGGUCAAACAAAGCGAAUCUUCAAACGAUAUUGACAUCUGGCGCUUUAUGACGCCCUGGCUCCCUUGGGCGGCGCCCGUCCCCGGCCUGGUGGUCUGGGAGGUCGUUGCUGGAUUCCGUGAUCCUUCAGAUUUUGGAGGUCCCGAGUUGCUUUCGACAUCUCCGCAAACAAGCAGCAAUGCCAUUAUGCACUUGGCUAUCCGAAAAACAUCAUGGGUCGGUCAUCUUUACUGAUAUUGAAGAUCGCCACGAUUGUACAGGCCGUUGUCCUCCUGGCUAUCACGAUCACGUGGGAGAGAAAAAGGCAUGAUAACACCGCGAAUAUCGUGGCGAAGAUGUGUAGCGAGUGUACAGACCUUUUGCCACGCGGAGUGAUGAUCGAAGACAAGAUUCCCGAAAACGUAGAAAGCCUGAUAUCUGAAGAGAAUAGCACGAUAUGUUGCGGAGAUGUGAAGCAAAUGCUUGAACUAGCUGUAAUGAAGACUGCCCUCGAAAAAUUAUAUGAGCAGAAGAUUGGCACAUUGCCAGAAGUAUCGGUGAAAGUGCCAUGCCAACCACAAGACCCACCUGACAUACCACAAGGAAGGAUUGCAGGGGUAGUGGGAUUUUUGCCGACACAAUGGCCAGGAUUCCAUCGUCUUGUUUGGAACAAGAAUAACCAUACCAGAAUAAGCGGUGGGUUGCAGCAUUUGGAUUUGGAUGGGGAAUUGUUCAUCCGCAAGGCUGGCACGUACUUCGUCUCAAUCAGUUUAAACCUGGUGUCCAACGCCUCGUUCCUGGGUCCUUUGCACGAGUAUGUUACCAUUCGGAUGUCCGUGUUGUCUCACCAGCUGGGUUACACCCGUGUCGUCCUUGAAAACAGAAGCAGACCCUGGGACGAAAAGACUUUGAACAAACCUGUGCAUUUCGGCGCAAUUUUUAAUUUCCACGAGUACGACAGACUUUCACUAUCUAUUUCUCACCCAAGCUUGAUUGCUCUCAAUAGUUUCAUUGAUCAGUUUAUCGUAAUUUUCCAAUUUUCAUAACAAAUGCGCGCGCAGUCAAGUGUUGUGUAGGAUAUGUUUACUUUUUUGUGUGCUAUUUCGAUAAUCGUGCAAAUAUUUUGUCAUUUUUAUAUUCGUUGAAAACAACAUUUUUGACGCUAGUGUGAAAUACAAAGUAAUGAUUGUGUAACAAAGCCCUGAAGAGUUUUCAAUGACAUUUUUGCCGUCAUGUAUAAGGUUACAAUCACGCAUGACAAAGUUUUGACCAAAACAGCAUUAUGAAAAAUAUAUCAAGUUGCUCGGCCUUGAGCUUUUGAGAAGCAUAGAUUUUAACAUUAAUUAAUUAUCGAUUGUAAUUAUUAUUUCUUAUGGCACAUUAGUUCAAUGUUUUGAUAUAAAGAGGUAAAAAUAUCCUACACGUUACUAUAUUGUGCACGCAUAAUUUAGGUAUCCUAUGUUAAACUGACAUUGUGUUUAUUAGUCAAAUGAAGCCAGGAUUUUACAUUUAUUGUUAUACAAGAACUUCCAACUAUUGUUUAAUCAUGUUUAUAUACACGUUUGGCAUUUUGAGCAUUAGGGUAUUUAGUUUAUUCUGCUGAUACACAUGUCUGUAAAAUUUUCAUGUAUUUGUAUAUGACGAUAAGCUUGUUAUGCUUAAGUCAAAUAAAUAUUAUAUUCUG